AACUAAUAACAUCCCCACAUAACAUGGCCGCCAACCUUUGCCAAUAGGAAGUUACGUUUUUUGUUCAAUGGCGGCGCCCAUGCAGCUUUAAGGGUGUAACUGGAUGAGGGGUCGUUAGUAAUAAGCAGUUCAGCAUGGUGUUUCUUUCGUUGUCGCGCUGGAUCCGAAGCAGGGGGCCCGAUCGGUACUGGCGAGUCCAAGAAGUGCUAAAGCAUGCCAGGCAUUUUCGUGGUCGGAAAAAUCGGUGCUUCCGACUGGCAGUGCGGAGUGUGCGCCGGGCAUUCGUGUUCGCCACCAAGGCACGCAAGGCAAAGAAGAGGAUCAUGAGGACGCUCUGGAUUAGUCGUAUUGCUGCUGCCACCCGUGAACAUGGCAUGAAGUACCCUGCUCUCAUCCACAACCUCCUCAAAUGUCAGGUGGCACUGAACAGGAAAGUCUUGUCGGACCUUGCUAUAACAGAACCUCGAACCUUCAAAUCUUUGGCCAGUCUGGCUAAAAGGAGACGGGAAGAAGGAUUUCUCGUAGCCCUUGGGGACAAAGGAGAACCUGAAGGCAUAUUUUCCCGUAUUGUGCAUUCGCAGUAAGCUGCUGCUUUGGCCCAAAAUGUCCGUCUUGUUGUCUUGGCCUCUUCUGACUCUUGCUUAAGUGACUCGCCCCAAAGCACAAGCUGGGUAAGCAUGCAAUUGGAGAGCCAUAAGGAGUUUUUUAUAGGGGCCAUGCCAUUGGUAAGGUGACCCUAAAACUGGAGGUAGCUUAGGAUGUCGCUUUUUGAUGCUAAGUUAAUCUGUUAAUUAAAGGAAUGUAUAUAAUUGAGUUUUUUUAAUUUCCAUUUUACAUUAGGUUUUCAUUCACAAAGAAGUUUUUUGUUUAGAUACAAUUAUAUUUAAAAAGAUAAAAAUGAUAACUUUGGAUUUCAGACCUUUUUUUGGUAUUAAUUUGAGUUCACUGCUGAAGCAAGCGAUGUAACUCUAGGUUCAGAUGUAAUAAGAAAAGUCCGACAGUGAUAGAAAAAACUCCAAAGAAUGACAGCCUUACUUAACUUAUGCUUGUCAAUCUUAAAAGAACUUUUUGGUUUUAAAACGAAGGUUUGAUUACAAUUUUGCUGCAAGUAUGGGCCUUUGGCUACUGCAACCCUUUAAUGGAAUAAAUCGACUGAGAACUUGGGUUGUUGAAGAUUCUGAUAUUUUAUUGGUAAUGAGAUGGUGGUGUUAUUGUAUUUGAUGUGUA